AAAAUAAAAUUGCUAUGAUAAACCCUUUCUUGCCGCUUCCUCAAACUUUUUAAAUCAAUUUCUAGGAACUUGACUUUUUUUGCGUGAUUUUGACGCCAACAGUGAAAUCCGAAAGUAACUUCUAACUUGUAUUGGUUGGUGAUUUGGCCAACUUGAUACUCAGCCUCCCGUGACCUUGGAGCCACCACCACCUCUUUUCCAUCUAGUAGAACUGUAGAUUAUCAACAGCCAACAGCGCCAAUUGGCAAUUUGACUUUAUUCUCAAUCUCAAUCAUUAUUUUUGAAACCUUUUCUUUCGGUUAUCAGAAUUUAUCCCUCAGAACUUCUUAUCUAGUGCCAGCUAAUUUCUCAUCAAUAUGAGUUCAAGUGAAGUCGAUCCAAUAACUUCUGACCCAUUCGAUCAAGCUGAUGAUGAUGAUUAUGACUUGUAUACUUCAGCUAUUGGGGACUCGAUGAAAACAUCGCAAGCUGAACCAAUGUUACCAAAUAAUCAGGCUCCUGCAACCUUACCAUCAACACCGUACGAAAAUGGAUCGCCAAGUAUCGGAGUUCAGAGCCCCCAGGCACCGAAAAAGAGUUUACAUUCCUUUGAUGAAGCAGAAGAGGACCAGUACAUUGAUAUUAGUGUCACUGAGCCCAGUAGGAAAGGUGAUGGAAUGGGAUCAUACGUAGAGUUCCAGAUCAACACCAGAACCAAUAUCAAGUUAUUCAAAGCACGUAGUUUCAGUGUCAGAAGAAGAUUUAGUGAUUUCUUAGGUGUUCAUGACAAACUUGUGUCUAAGUAUCUGCGAGCUGGCCGUAUCAUUCCACCUGCCCCAGAAAAAAGCGUCAUAGGAAUGACAAAGAUUAAGAUGUCAUCAUCAGCACAGCCAGAACAGAACUCAUCAUCUGAGUUCGUCGAAAGACGAAGAGCAUCUUUAGAACGCUAUCUGAAACGAACUGCCCUUCAUCCUGUCCUAAGAAUCGAUCCUGAUUUUAGAGAAUUUCUGGAAGCAGACCAUGAAUUGCCGAAAGCUCAUAAUACGUCCGUGCUUAGUGGAGCUGGUGUAAUGCGUCUUUUUAAUAAAGUAGGAGAAACUGUCAACAAAAUGACAUAUAAAAUGGAUGAAAGUGAUCCGUGGUUUGAAGAAAAAACUCAGUACAUAGAGCAACUCGAUUGUAACUUGCGAAAUUUGCACCUCAGUGUUGAAACAUUAGUAAUGCAUCGAAAGGAUCUUGCUGUGUUCAUUGCCUCUUUUGCUAAAAGUGCUGCAAUGCUAAGUAACUGCGAAGAACAUACCAGCCUAAGUCGAGCUCUCUCCCAGCUUGCUGAGACGGAAGAAAAGAUUGAAGCUCUCCACAAUGAACAAGCCAAUGCAGAUUUCUCAAUAUUUUGUGAAUUGUUAAAGGACUACAUAGCUCUUGUUGGAGCCAUCAGAGAUGUUUUCCAUGAAAGGGUCAAAGUUUACCAGACGUGGCAACACUCGCAAUUAAUGCUAAACAAGAAACGGGAACAGAAAGUGAAAAUGGAACUGAAUAUGCGAACUGACAAAAGUAGCACUGCUAAUCAAGAAGUUGCUGAGUGGGAGGCCAAAGUAGAAAGGUGUCAAGAAGAAUUCAACAGUAUCUCUAAAAUGAUUCGUGAGGAACUGGAGCAGUUUGAUGUAAAUCGAGUUAAAGACUUCAAAGAAACUAUUAUCAAGUAUCUAGAAUCUAUGUUAGAUCAUCAACAGAAUGUCAUGAAAUGUUGGGAACAAUUUUUACCUGAGGCUCAGCUUAUAUUGGUCCAAGAUGAAAUGUCCCGAUCGGUGAAGUAAACGAGAGUAUUUGUACAGUUUAAGCUUUUCCCGAGUAAAACGUAAGCUCAUGCUCUAUUUAUUGUUGAAUUUUUCACUCGCUAUGCAUUUAAAAUCAACUUGAACUUUCUCCCUCUCACUCCUUGUUUAUAACUCCAAAAACAUUAAUCCAAAUCAACCUAUUUUUUGUUACUUCAAAGUGAAAAUUUAUUCUACUAUUUGUUACCUUUUUUUUCCUUGUGUUUUAUACUGCUCUCAAUCCUGUCUACUUUUUCUUUGUAUGCAUUUUUUAUUCUUUUUUUUUUUCACUGGAACGUCAAAAUUUCAGGUCAACUUUUUUUACACGGAAUCAGCGAAUAUUUUCGUAAUUGUUCAUUCACAUCGUAUUUCUUUCUAAUUUGUAUGCUAUUUUGUAUCCUUUUGUAUUAAUAUCCAUACCACCAUGUAUUUGAGCUCUCAUAUGGUUCGUUUGUAUUUUUAACUCGAACUACUGCCCAUGAAUAACAGUUAGAUGAUCGUCAGUCAAAAGAGGUUCAGGAUGUCUGUCCAGCCAGAAAACUGACAUAACAGUUUUUACUGAAAAUUUUUGGGGAUUUAAUGUAGAAGACUGGGAUUUUUUCCCUUUCUCAAUUUUUCAUGAUCUUGGUGCUCCUCACCUAAGAGAACAAAGAUUUUGGAUUGAGAACUUCAAAGUUGAAUGUAAAAUUAUCGGUAGAAGUUGUUCCUUUCUCUCACAUGUUCGUAGAUCAUCAAUUAAAUUAUCAGAAAAUUUUUGUUAUUUUAGCUGAGAAAACUAGGAAAGUUUUUUUAUAAAAAGCUGUAGACACCGUGGAUUUAGGAAAGUAAUUGAAUGCUACCUCCGAAGUCUUUUGAAAUAAAACCCAGCCGUAGAGAAAAGUAUGAAGGAAAGAAGCCUAGGAGAAGGUUUUUUCUCACUGGUCAGCAGGAGUCAUCAGGUUUCAGAAAAUCCAAUGAAUAACAUAGUGUCUGAUUGGCUAAAACUCAUCGAAGGUGAAAGUAAAAAACACUAACUUCAGAUGUAAUGCCUUAAAAUGGCUGUUGUCAUAUUAUUCUUUUCAAGGCUACGGAGUGAAAGUCACGGUUAAAAAUUUCCUUAGACUAUUUUGUACAAUACGAAGAAAAAUCAAUUAAUUUUCUGGAACAAAAUGUUGGUGUUUCUUAAAGAAAAAAUUAAAUCUGGAAAGAAAUUUGUAUAGUUGCGAAGCAAGACACGUGUUUCUUACUUUCAUCAUAGUGUUCAUAUUUUGUUUGGACGGUCAUGCCUAUUUAUUUAUUUAUUUAUUUUUUGUUGUAAAAUGACUAACGUUUAUUCUUCUCCUUAAAACUGAUGUGAGGCAACUCUGUUAUGAAACAACGGCCAAUGGAUUUCUAAGUGCUGAUUUGCUGAUUGGUGGAAAAACCACGAAAUGAACCUUGUCUCAGUUUCUUAGUUUGUCAUUCCAUUUAAAGUACAAAACUCCAAACGUGAAACUGUGAGUCCAAACAUGACCCUUUUUACAAAGGUAGGCAAGAACCAAUCAUCAUUGAAUUCAACAUUCAUCAAAAAUACUGAAUCUAACGUAGAACUCACAUAAUUAAGUAUUAGAAUCUGCUGUUUCGCUCAUUCCUCCAAUUUGUGAAACACUCACUCGAUGUACUUAUGCAGAGUUAAAAUUAGGUUUUAAAAUUUUAUUUUACUCAUUUGUUUUUCUUUAAUGAAUAUUUUUCACUUCCUUUCAUAUGGCUGGCAUCUAUGGAAAAGGAACCAAUUAAAUGGAGUUGUUCAUUAAUGCCCCCAUAUACUUAGAAAGAUCGAUGGCAGGUUUACCUAUACACUCGGACAUAAGCAAAAGAACUUGGUUCCUUCACAUAAAUGCUGCCUAUAUUUUAAUGCACCCUCCAUUAAGAAGCCAUCUCAUAUAUUUAUGCUGAGAUUGCUAGUUCUUCCAAGAUUUUAUCAUGUUUCUGUUCUGUAUUUUUACACUUGUUUUUUAUACAAUUUCAGGGUUACAACCUGUCAUAACCUCUAUUGGUUAGCGAAAGUUUUAAUCGUUAAUCUAAGUAUUCUUCCUAAAUUUUUACUGUAGCACAGCCAAAGUUCACAAAGGAAAAAUUAAUUUUUGACUUUUUGGAAUAUUGCUGAGAUCCCCUCAACUAAAGUUUUUGAAGAAAAAAUUUGAUAUCUCAACUUGAAGACCUUGUAUCUCCAUUGCAGUAUUUCAAUAGUUCCCCUCCCACUUUACUGUUAAGGAGGAAAACGAGACAACUUUAUUACUUGUAAUUUUCACAGGAAAUUCUUCUCAUAGAGAAAAAUGAUCCAGGCUCUUCUUAAAGAAUUAAAUCGCUUAGUUUUUUGCAAUCUUAAUAGAGUCCAUGCCAAAUAAGUUUUAGCACUUUCAGACUGCCAUAAAAGAUUGUCUGAAGUCAGUUCAGCAUUGAAAGUAAAUGCAAGAAUCAAGAUAGCGGAUUGUCUGUUGCUGUCUAUAAGUGCAUAAACUUAUUUGGCGUGGAUUCUAAGCUAAAAAAAAUUUCAAGAAGUUGUAAAUGGGUCAAAUCUGCUAUAAUUUCUUGAUCGAUAAUGCCUGAAAUUACCAUUGAUGUUGGAAAAAUUAGAGAGUGUAGAUGGGUGGGGUGAACGUAAGCCGAUACUACUACCUGGAAUAGUGGGGGAGAGCAAAAAAAAUGAGACCGUAAGCAGGAAGACUCUUUUUUUAAAAUUUAUACUUUCAUAAUUUAGUCGUAUUUCCAUGCAUAAAAAAGAGCUAUGAAGAGAUGCAAUACAAGUGUAAAGCCGGAAGUCUCAAUCAUCGGAAAAUGCUUUGAUAAUUAUUUUUACUUAAAAAAUGCCUUUCUGAAUUCUUCAGAAUCUCAGUUUUUUGCACCUACUCCUUUGUUAGCAAGAUCUUUUAUUUACUGCUUAAUGAUGUUUUAAUUGUAUUUUAUCAUUUUAUCUAACAAUUUUAUUCAAAUAAUUGUUAUCAUUAUUUUUUCCCUUAUUUCUAAAACAUUUGUUAUCAUUUUUUUCCUCAAAAUCACUUGUGAUGUGAUUGCAUUAAAAAUCACACUAUCCAUGUGUAACUUCAUGUAUUUGUUUUCAAACGGAUCAUAAACAUGUGAUAUUAAGUAAAUAAACCAUUUAAUGUGUACA